AUUUCCUAACUAUUUCCAUUUCUCACAGUCUCCCCCAACUAAAAUACACUCCAUGUAGCGAAACCAUUAGGCCACUCACUUUCCCACAAAAGAGAAAGCCAUGGCAUGGGAGAAUCGCGUCGCCUCGAACGCCGAGGGAACAACAGAAAAAUUCCUAAUGUGUGCACAUUCAGCGUUGCGCCACUUCACGCAAGCCGAAUCACGAUGCGCUCACAGUCCCAGUCUCGUGAGAUGCUGGUGAGCAGAUCGGUUGUCUCUCGACGCUCUCCAGCCUCUCCCAAUAACCGCUCCUGAGCCCUUUUCGCCGGCAAGAUGUUUUUUUUUUACUUGCCACCUCAAUGAAUAGCCAUAGGAGGCGAUACGGUGAUAAUAUGAUACCUGCUUGAGCUGUGAAGCAUUUAUGAGAUGCGCAAGUGAAAAUCAAAUAAGUUAUAAUUCAGUGGAAAAUAGGUUCAAAGCUUUUUGAUCACAAUUGAACGGAACUGUUGUUGCGUGUUUUCUCAGUGGAUCAGAAAGGGUUGGUCCAUCAUGCAUUAUACUUCAGGUGUACGACGACAACUGGAGGAGACUCGAUGUGAAGCCCAAAUCCAUGCACUUCCAUAUACAAUGUGAAAAUCCAAUAAUUGUUUUCCUAAUAUUGGAAUAUACGCCAUUGAAAACGUGUUGGAUGUAUUUAUGGAAGCACUCACAAUUUUUCUGAGAAAAGGCAGAAAGAGGGAAUGCAUUUAAUUUGAACUGAAAAAAUUACUCGGACUCAUACGAUUAUUUAUAGAAGUCCUUCUCGUGGAUCUACAAUGCGCCUGACGUGACGGAGGAAAAUGAAAUGUUCCCAACUGAUCUCCUAAAUGGAAUUCAAACUCUGUAAUAACGUUUCGGAUGUUUUUGGGUUGCGAAUUUCCAACUGGUAUUCCUACUUUUUUACCAACUUGGUAUACAACAGUUGGUGAGGUGGAAUUAACAUCCAACUGGAGUGCGGAAAGAAAACACCUUUUGCUUGCUCUGUCGAAAUGUGAAUCUUGCAGCCCGCUCGAGCCCAGCUCACACUCAGAGUUGCCAAGGCUACAGAGCUCCUCUCGAACCAGCUAAACCGUAUUUCGGUUCCUAAGUUAUUUGGGCAAUUCCUCCGCAAUACAUCCGUUGUGUAGCUUACCAUCUAAAUAUUGAUCAUACAUCUUGAUUUAAACGGAAUAAUGCGUCUGGAAACAUUAAGACGUUUUUUGACUCGUGGAUAUUGAUUUUUCCUCUCGGGUCAUUUUGACAAGCGAAUCGCCAGACGCCGCUAUUGUUCAGUGAGCCUGGACACACCUUUUUGAUGUCAGCCAAGACCUCUGCUAAGUUGCCAUGACGAGUGAGGAGUGUCCCGUUCCGCUAGGGGGCGUGUCCCCGGUGGGGGCGGGGCUCUGCGAGGACUAUGGCCCGGUGCAGGCUGAUGACGUCAUCGAGGAGGCGGGAGGGGCGGGCGAUGACAUCAGCAUCGGCAGUGACCUCAGCACGCUGGUGGUGCCGUUCCCUGAGCUUGCGCCCGUGGUGUUCUUCUGUCUCAAGCAGACUACCUGUCCCCGCAGCUGGUGCAUACGCAUGGUGUCCAGCCCAUAUCCUUUACUACUGCUGAGAUUACCUCCGACCCCUAACCUCUGACCCCUAACCCCCAAAACUUCAUCCAUCACCUCUCACACUUAAAUGGUCUUCAGCCUAUAUAGUUGUGGCUGCUUCGUGUGAUGUA